GAUCACACCAUUCUUCUCCAUGGAUGUGCUUAUCUCUUCGGCCACCAUGUGCAUAUCUCCCAAGAACCCCUUCCUCGUCCGGUCUGCCCGGCCUGGUUCUUUGAUCCUCCCUAAACCGAGAUCUCCUGCGAAUUCGGUAAGAUUUCAUCGAGUAGCGGCGGUGGCGGCUGCGAGAGCAACGGCUAUUGAUCUAAGCGAUCCCGAGUGGAAACUAAAGUAUCAGAGAGACUUCGAGGAGAGAUUCAACAUCCCUCAUAUCACUGAUGCGUUCCCAGAUGCAGAAGCCAUCCCUUCCACGUUUUGUCUCAAGAUGAGGUCUCCGACGUACAUUAAUAACAAAGAUAGAGUACUCCUCAAGGUUAUAAACUACUCAUCACCAGCUUCUGCUGGAGCAGUAUGUAUUGAUCCUGACUGCACUUGGAUUGAGCAAUGGGUUCAACGUGCUGGGCCACGGGAAAAUAUUUACUUCAGACCUGAGGAUGUGAAGGCAGCUAUUGUUACUUGUGGUGGGCUUUGUCCUGGUCUUAAUGAUGUCAUUAGGCUUAUUGUCAUCACUUUAGAGAUAUAUGGUGUGAAGAACAUUGUUGGGAUUCCUUUUGGUUACCGUGGCUUCUCUGAUAAGAACCUACCUGAAAUCCCUUUGUCAAGAAAAGUGGUGCAGAACAUUCAUCUUUCCGGUGGAAGUUUGCUCGGGGUUUCACGUGGAGGACCGACUGUUACUGAGAUCGUGGACAGCAUGGAGGAGAGAGGAAUCAACAUGCUUUUCGUGCUUGGUGGUAAUGGAACUCAUGCUGGUGCCAAUGCUAUUCACAAUGAGUGUGUCAAAAGAAGGAUGAAGGUAGCUGUGGUUGGUGUACCGAAAACAAUUGACAAUGAUAUUUUGCAUAUGGAUAAAACAUUUGGGUUUGACACUGCUGUUGAAGAAGCACAACGAGCUAUUAACUCUGCAUAUAUCGAGGCACAUAGUGCUUACCAUGGCAUAGGCGUUGUGAAACUGAUGGGUCGUAGCAGUGGAUUCAUCGCCAUGCAAGCAUCCUUAGCGAGCGGACAAGUCGACAUUUGUCUCAUUCCCGAGGUUCCUUUCAACUUCCAUGGACCUGAUGGUGUACUGAAACAUCUGAACUACCUUAUCGAAACAAAAGGCUCUGCUGUAGUUUGCGUUGCGGAAGGAGCAGGACAGAGUUUCCUUGAGAAUACAAAUGCAAAAGAUGCAUCUGGAAACAAAGUUCUCGGUGAUAUCGGUGUUCACAUUCAACAAGAGACGAAGAAAUACUUCAAGGAGAAUGGUGUUGCGGCAGAUGUGAAGUAUAUAGAUCCAACAUACAUGAUCCGAGCUGUACGUGCAAAUGCAUCAGAUGGAAUCCUCUGCACGGUCUUAGGACAAAACGCUGUUCAUGGUGCUUUUGCUGGGUACAGUGGAAUAACUGUGGGGAUAAUAAACAAUCAUUAUGCUUACUUACCCAUUCCUGAAGUGAUUGCUUAUGACAAAUCAGUUGAUCCCAAUAGUCGAAUGUGGCAUCGUUGCUUAACUUCCACUGGCCAGCCUGAUUUUUUGUAAUUUUUAUCCACAUUUAUUACUUCUUUUUGGAGCUUUUCAGAAGAGAAUAAAACCCAA